AUGACAAUAUUUAAAAAGGCUAUAAGGCCUCUAUCUCCUGGUGAUAAAGCGAAAGUUUGUGUCACUAUUUUAGAACAGAUACAAGAUCAUGCAUCUAACAGACGCUUAUUGGAAGCAGUUUUAUCCACAGUCGAUUCACAAGCUUUAUCAAUGAAUGCAAUCAAUAAUCUAGCUCAGCUUGUUCCAAAGAUAGAGAAAUCAUAUAAUGCAAUUACCCCUGUCUUGCAAGCCAAAUUUGCACAAGUUUUCAAAGAACAUUCCUCCGAUGAGCUCAUUUCAAAAUUUAUUUCAAAUGAAGAUGCACAAUGUGGAAAGUUGUUGAAACACAUAUUAAUAAUAAUGCUUUUGAAGUCCAAAAGAUACUCUGAAGCUUCUAAUAUUGUGCAUAGAUCUUUGCAAAACCGAUCAAAAUUAAGUCCAAUCACUAUUGAAUUGUUGGUUCUUCAUUUAUGUGAACUCAACGAUGUUGAUGAAAUAAAUAAGGCUAGAAUAAUACUCGGUUUAGCUAAAACACAAGCAUAUCCAAUCCAUGCUCGUACAUUCUCAACCCUAUUGACAAAAGCGGUACAAUUGAAUGAUUAUGAAACAUGUUAUAAGAUUCAAAGAAAUAUAAGAGAUCGUACAUAUGUUGAUAAUGGUACUUUAAUCAAGUUAGCUGAAUCUUUAGUUCAUAAAGGUGCUUAUCAAAUGGUUUGGGGGAUUGAAAAAGAAAUUGGGCGCAAGAAAUCAUUUUCACCUGAGUUUAUAGAAAGAUUAAAUAUAGCUGUCGUUGAAAGUGUUGCAGUUAAAGAAGGUUUCACUAAAGCCUGGAAUAAAUUGAAAGAAAUUCAUCAAGGUCAAGAACUAUUUGUUGUUGAUUAUCCAUAUUUAAUUAAAAGUUUUGUAUUGAUAAAAGAUCAAGAUGAAUUGAAUUUUUUCAUUCAUAAAGAGUUGAAUGUUGAAAGUGAUGAAUUAAAGAAAUUUAUUAUAAAUUUGAUUGUUAAAAAAAUGGCUGACUCUGGUGAAGUUAAAAAAAUGCUAUUAAUACUGAAAAAUUCUCCAACGUUAAGAUCUUACAUUAGAGAAAAUGUAAUUUUACAACUGAUCCAUGGUUCUUUGGUCUUGGAAGAUUCAACAAUCUUGAAAGAAGUUUAUGAUCUUGUUGAGGAACUUGGAAUGAAAUUUCAUGAAAAGAAAACAGUAAACUUAUUUAUUUCAGCAUUUACGGGUACUGAAUACUCGUCAUAUAUACCAAAAGUGUUGGAUCUUGUUGCGAUUGAAAACUUCAAGCUAAGAUAUGAUAUCAAUAAAAAAUUGAAAAAAUGA